UAACAAACUAGUCGCCAUUGGUGCCAAUGUUUGACAAUGCGUAGCCGCUAAAUCACUGUGCGUCGGAACAGGUGGAUCAGUGUGUAGCGUGAAUUGAACGUUUUCAUUUGGAAGUUAUAAAUCAACGGAAGUGAACAAUCGAAACCGGCAACCAUGAGUCGCAAUCUGUGCGACGAAACUUUCCCCACCAGCCUGCUGAUCGAGUUUGACGAGCUGGACGAUGAGAUUCCCAUCAGUCCGGAACUUCCGAAACGUCAUCAACCGGAAAGCUUGCUGCGGGAUCGAACGACGCUAUCCGGUGGCAAAGGGAUCGUAACCGAUAAGAUCACCGCAGAUGAUCGCAACGGAUCGCGUAUGGUAAUAUCGGGUUCAUCGAACACCUCCAGCGGUCAUUCGUCACUGUCGACCGAAGGGGAAAACCGAAGUGCGUCGAGCGAACGCGAUACGAGCCGCGAUAUGAGCAAACGGCAGCCGUUGAAUGUUGGUGCCGGUGCGUUGCUGCUCCUUGACGAUCAGCGCACAGACAUAGCGACGCUAAAGUCGCGAAAACUACGCCAACCACGGUCCAUGGAGAGUUUGCUCCAGAACCAUGGACUGGCGGGCCGGAUAAAGACGGCGUCACCUUUACAUACCGGAACCGGUUUGGCAAUGGGUGGCAAGGGUUUGGUCGGUGGAAGUACCGGCAAUGUUAGUGUGAGUAGUGUUGGUGCAGGCGCACAGCAGCAACAACACUACCAUCGUCACCGGGCAAAGUAUGGGCACGUUCAAAGCAAGGUUAAGCAGAUGAUCGAUGAAAUGAAACCACCGACCAACCGGGACCGGAAGGCUCUCGUGCGCCACAAAUCGAUGCCCGAAACGACGCACGAAGUCGAAUUACAAGACGGGGUGGAUGAAACGCUCGAGCAGGAAAAUGACGUCGAAAUGCUCCGGUCCGUAGUGCGCGAGAUGCGACUACACAUAGGCAGCCUAGAACAGCAGCUUAGCAUCUGCCGUACGAACGUGUUCAACGAGCUGGCGACGCUGAAGUGCAAGAACAGUGCGUUGCGCAUCGAGAACGAUCAUCUGCUCGAGCAGGAGCGGGCACGCGAGCAGCGCCGGCAGCUGCUACGCGAACAGCAAACGGCAGGCUCCUGCUACGGUAGCCAGUCGUCGCUCUGCAAGGCAUCGGUCGGUAGCACCAGUACCGUUGGCACACAGACGAGCCCAUCCAUUACCGAUCAUGAGCUACAGUUUGAGUUUCUGCUGGCCAGUCCGCAAACAUCUUCCCGUCCGGCACUACCACCCCAAACGUUCUCCACCGCCAUCGAGCCCGAAUCGGUCGGGUGUGAAUUUUCACCCGACUACGAACAGCUUCUGCCAAUGCUCGGUCGCAGCGGUAAUUCGUCCACGUUCGGGGCCGAAACCCGUCGCCGCGACAUACGACGCACACCGUCGAUCCGUUCACCGACUGGUCGGCGGCCCGAAUCGGGUCAGGCACAGGACCUCCCAAACAGCUCAAUGUGUCACGACUGUAGGCGAAGGAAAAAGAAGCGUAAAUCGCGUAAGCAAAAGUUGGCCAGUUUGUUUUGCAUUCGGCACCAUGAUGAGACGCUUUAGAGUAUGAUUGUGCUUGUGGUUUUGGCUUACCUGCAUCGCCCAUCCCUCCUACCUUCUCUAAACCGACACAUGAGACAUUGAACGUUCUAACCGUGAUCUAGUACAUUAAUUAUUAUCAUUUAUUUUACAUCGUGUUUUAAUGGUCACAAGUUGUUAUUUAAUGUGACACGCACGUGUGUGUGUGAGAGAGAGUAUUUUCCUUUUUUUCCAUUUAUACAUCGCGCCGGUAACCGUGUAGCAACAAGUGUCUUUGGUAUCUAGUCACAUUUAUCUCCCGCUUGUAUUCGCUUGCAUCGCAAGGAUCAUUAGCGCUGCGUAUCAUGCCAACCAUCCUCCAUCACUAUCCAUCCGGACAACAAAUAACCGACCUCUUCCUAUAUGUAAUCCCACUUCAAUGAACCGCGUGAUGUCCGAUUAUAUUGUUCCGCCUGAAAAACACCCACUGUACAACUUUUACCGCACACAGAUCCUUACGCGAAAGGUUUCGGAAUGCCACCAAAACAACAUUCUUGCGAUAAGAAUGAAAGUGUCAGAUACAACACGCGCGUACCGGUUCCAAAGCUCGCAUCUAACUACUGUGUAGUCCACCUUUACUCAUAUAGCUAGAUUUAAGAGUUUCUGUUGAGAUCGAGAGUGUGAAACAAUAUCAAUAGAAGAGUUAGGAGAUCGCUCCCCAAACACACACGAGCUUGCGUUGAGUCUACUGCAUGGAGCGCUGCACAUCGCUUGAGUGGAUGGUUCUACAUGAAGCCGACGGUUUUGUUUUGGAAACUGGGCUUCAGAUUUUGCUCUAGUCUAGGGCUGAGCUGGGAUCAAGCAGAGCGCUGGUUGCGUUGUAGAGGAAGGUUGCGGCGACCGUUGCAAGCUGCGCACUAUCGAAUGGUGGCGAUGCUGUGGACGUAGCGGACAGGGAUGAUGCUGUCGUACCGACCACGUCCACGCCGCUCCGGAGCGUCGUUAAGCUGGUGGUCGUGGCGGCAACGGU